AUGCCGAGGGUUAUCAGAAAAAAGAACGUUCUAUUGUCGUUUCUCAAGGUUUGUAACGACGUCACUAACGGCUUUCAUGACAGUAAUAAGGUUGAGGAUCUUAGGGUUGUGCAUCCUUCGUUCGCUGGUCCAUAUUACACUCCUCCGGACAUUGUAGGUCAUUGUGAUGGGAUUAUUUGUCUAAACUUUUCCUUUUAUGAUGAGUCCUAUCCCAACAACGACGACAUUGUUUUAUUCAAUCCCGCAAUCAAGGAAUCCGAGCUGCUUCCUGAGUCUUGCCUAUGUCGCCCUCCCCAGCACAAAGAUCAUGUUCGAGUAGUAAAUCUCCAUAAUGUAGGUGUGGGGUUUGGGUACAAUUUCAAAGCUAAAACUUACAAGGUUGUAAGAAUUGAUAGGGAAUUUCCGGGGCCUGAUAUACAAGGUAGGGAUGCCGUCCUGUCGUUCAACAUGGGUGAGGAGGCGUUUCAUAGUAUACCGGCUCCAUAUGAAAGCUUUGAGAGAUGUGGAUGCUACAACAGCCUUGCAGUGUGGAAUGAAUCCGUCUCGCUGUUUUCAUAUCAGAUGGAAUUAGAUAGUGGAAGGUAUGGGUAUGUAUUUGAUAUAUGGGUGAUGGACAACUCUAGUGACCAGGUGAAAAAUAAAGUAGAUGGAGUGCGAAACUCUUAA